CGCGCAGUGUGGCUGGGUUCUGGCAGCGACGUCGAGAGGUUGAGGUCGAGGACGGGGGAGCCGGCGAUGGUGGCGGUGCUGCGUUACCUCCGUGGUUCCUGCAGACAGGCCCUCGGAGGCUUCCUGGGAGGCUUUUGCGCGUCGGCGUCGGGGAGACCCAGGCCGCUGUGCGGGGGUAGCCGCCGCGCCAGCACCAGCUCAUUUGAUAUAGUUGUUGUCGGUGGUGGAAUUGUGGGACUUGCCUCUGCGAGAGCACUCACCCUGAGACAUCCUCAACUUAAAAUUGGUGUUCUGGAAAAGGAGAAGGAUUUAGCUGUUCACCAGACUGGACAUAAUAGUGGUGUCAUACACAGUGGAAUUUAUUAUAAACCAGAAUCUCUGAAAGCUAAAUUAUGUGUAAAAGGUUCAGCCCUCAUCUAUGAAUACUGUAAACAAAAGGGAAUUCCCUACAAGCAAUGUGGCAAGCUAAUAGUAGCUGUUGAUCAAGAAGAAAUUCCUAGACUUCAGGCCCUAUACGAGAGAGGUCUACAGAAUGGUGUCCAAGGCUUGAGACUGAUCCAGCAGGAAGAUAUAAAAAAGAAGGAGCCAUAUUGCAGGGGUCUAAUGGCUAUUGAUUGUCCCUAUACUGGCAUUGUGGACUAUCGGCAGGUAGCUUUGUCAUUUGCCCAGGAUUUCCAAGAAGCAGGCGGCUCAGUCUUGACCAAUUUUGAAGUAGAAAGAAUUGGAAUGGCUAAAGAAAGUUCUUCAGAAAGUAAAGAAGAUUUGCAAUAUCCAAUUGUUAUAAAGAAUACUAAGGGAGAGGAAAUUCGGUGUCAGUACAUGGUGACAUGUGCAGGACUUUACUCCGAUCGCAUUUCAGAGUUGAGUGGAUGCAGUCCUCAUCCUACUAUUGUUCCAUUCCGGGGAGAUUACCUGCUUUUGAAGCCAGAAAAAAGCUAUCUUGUAAAAGGAAAUAUUUAUCCGGUCCCGGAUAGCCGGUUUCCUUUCCUGGGAAUUCACUUCACACCAAGGAUGGAUGGCAGCAUUUGGCUAGGGCCUAAUGCAGUGCUUGCCUUUAAACGGGAAGGUUAUAGAUUCUUUGACUUCAGUGCCAAAGAUUUCAUGGAAAUAAUUAUGAACAGUGGCUUGAUUAAACUGGUGUUCCAGAAUUUCUCCUAUUCAGUUAAUGAAAUGUAUAAAGCCUGCUUUCUUGCUGUAACAGUGAAGAACCUUCAAAAGUUUAUUCCUGAAAUUACUAUCCAUGAUAUCCAAAGAGGUCCAGCUGGAGUCAGAGCCCAAGCCAUGGACAGAGAUGGAAGUUUGGUAGAAGAUUUUGUAUUUGAUGGAGGGGUUGGGGCUAUUGGAAAUCGAAUUCUUCAUGUGAGAAAUGCACCUUCCCCUGCCGCCACUUCUUCCCUGGCAAUUUCAGAAAUGAUUGCAGAUGAAGUACAACAAAGAUUUGGAUUAUAAAACUUGGAGGGAGCAGGGUAGGAGUUAGUGUCCAUCAACAACAAGAAUGUACUACUUGGAUUCUCUAAGUAGAACCUAGGAAAAUGGUUUUAAACUCUUACUUUAUGGUCACAUUUUAAGUAACCAUUGAGUUAUUAGUAUGAUAUAUAAGUAAUAAUUUUUAAAAAUUAAAGUCCAUACUUCAUGUCUUUCACAGUUGUAUCUGUUCUGAAUCCUGACUUUGUUAAUGAUCUGUCUUUAUAAACUGUGGUCUGGAUCGCCUUUAUAUGUUUUGGGGAAAAUAACAUAAAAAAUGGAUUAUUCCCUUAAACAAAGUUUUGGCUUUAUACUAUGUAAGCUCUUUUAUCUUUCCUAGACAAGAGAAAACAUGUUACAGUAUAUUGUAGUUGUGAACAUUUUUGUGUUUGUGCCAAUACUGGGGCUCAAACUCAGGGCCUGGGCACUAUCCCUUAGCUAUUUUGCUCCAGGCUGGCACUGUACCCCUUGAGCCACAGGAGAGUGGGCAGUGGAUCUGGAAAUUGGUUGUACCAAGGCUCACAUUAUUUAGAGCAGCAUUUCUAUUUGAAAAUCAAAACGUCUUGAUUUUUGAGAAAAUAAAAAUUUUCAUUUCUCAAAGCAAAAAAAAUUGCAUAAACUCAAGGCAUUUAUUAUAGUGUUUUUUUUUUUUAAAAUCAAUCUCUUUGUAACAUCUUGUUUGGUAUCCUCACUGCAUCUAAACAUUUGCACACUGUGUGUGAUUGUGAACUGCGCUUCCGUCUUCUGUAGCAUCUAAAAAAAAAGCACCUAGAACUGCUAGGUUUUACCAGAGCAAUUUUAGAACCCUGACACUGAUGUAUAGAACUCUGUAAUUUAAACAAUUACUUAUCUCUUAUUAUUAUAUCUGCUCUUCAGUCACACUAAAGUUCUCAAAACAUUGGUUAAGAUCAUUAAUGACUUUUACACCCAUUUAGCUUUUUAGGAUUUCUAUAAAUUUUUGUGAGGAUAUUUCUCCACGUUUGGUACCUAUCUAACUUUGAGGCAUUCACUUUUGUAAACCGCGAUGGUGCCUUAUCAUGUUUACUUCAUGAGUGCUUUAUGCCUAGUGCCAUACUAUGUAUUGCAUGUUUGUGAUUUAUCUGAUGAAAUGUAUCAUAAUUCAGAAACAUGGAUAGAAGCAUGUCAGUGAAAAUGUGACAGCCUGGCUGGGGGGCAGUCCCACCACUGCGAGACAUUUUUAUCUGUUCUUCAUAUGCUCUCUCAGGACUAAUCUUCUACUCUUCUCUUUACCUGCCCUCUCUUUUCUCUAAGGCUGUGAGAACCAUGUGUAUAUUGGGUGAUAGGUAAACCUUUUUUAUUUUCUUCCAUUUUCUUCACUUCAGCCCUGGGUGAUUACAGAUUGUUCUACCUCAGUUAUUAAUUUGCUCCAGUUUCUAAAUUAGCCCAUCCCAGGAACAAGGCAGGUUACUCAGCACUUGGGAUGAAUUGUUGAAAGCAUUCUGAAAUCCGUCACAGAAGAAUAAAAGCCCUAGUGGUUCUUUGUAACAAACAAUUCCUGCAAGAAAUUCAGGGUAAUCAUCUUCUGUUCUGUUAAAAGAGCACAGGAGCUGGAAAAUUCUAUCAGUUUUAUUUAUUUCAUCAAUAGUAAGACUGUGAAAAAUACACAGUAAGCUGUGAAAGAUGAAAUUACAAAAAUAACUGUCCUAGUUUAAGCCAUCCUCAUUCCAUUUGGUUAUAACCCUUUAAAAUGUGAGAGAACAUUUGUUGAAGGUGUUUGAAUAUAGGUUAUUCUGUUUGUAAAACAGUGGAUAUUUAUAUCAAUAAGGUUUUGUUGUUAAAUGCUGAUAUUUAAUAAUUUUGUGUCUUUCUGAAAGAAGAAAUAUAUAUUAAAUUAUUUUAAUGAUUGUG